GUUAAAGUUUGAAACACGCCGUAACCGGCCCUACAAGAUUCUUUCCCCUCCUCUAGCAACUAUUUACAAAAUUCGUUUCAUUACAUUAGCAAACGAUAUUUUGUGAGUGCCAAACAUCCAUCCCCUCUGCUUCAACCUCCACAAGAUUAAUUGCUGCAGAAAGGGUUUGUGAAAAAAAAUAAUCCUGGUUUGAAUAUUUACGAAAUAGGAGGUAAAUUACUCAUUUGGGUGAUUUGUUGCAUGGUUGGUGUUUUGUGUGUCAAGUUAAUGCAAUGCUCAUAGCGUUCACAAAUUGAAUGUGUGAACUGACCGAACAAUUCUUUCCCAGAAGUGGUACAUAAAUCUUCGUCCAGAGUAUGUUUCGGUUGAGGAAAUGUUUCUUUAAGUUUACAUGGUAUGCUUUGGAUGUAUUGAAUAUUUAGUUUGGGUGGUGGUUGUUGGACGAGGAUUUUGUUGUAGUGUUGGGAAAUUGGUGUUUCUGUUUGAAGGUUAAAAUAGGAGCAUGAGGUGAAUGAAUGCAGAUAAUUUUGGGUGUGAUCAAUGUUCACAGGGAAGCUGCAGUAGCUGUGGAAUUUUGGUGUUGGGCUUGUGAAACUGUGGUGGUUGACGUUUUUAGUAAAAGAUUGAGAAAUGAGUUCACGUAGCAGGAGCAGUAGCAGAAGUCAGGGUAUGGGUCGGAGCCGUAGCAGGAGUAGGAGUCCCCGAGAUCGCAGAUUUCGAUCUCAGCGUAAUUCCUAUCGUGAUGGUCCUUAUAGGAGAGAGACACACCGUGACCGUGACCGUGAUCGUGGUUUCAGCCAAACCAAUUUGUGCCAUAAUUGCAAGCGGGCUGGUCAUUUUGCAAGAGAAUGCCCCAAUGCUGCUGUUUGUAACAACUGUGGUCUUCCUGGGCAUGUUGCUUCUGAGUGCAGCACACAGCUGCAGUGUUGGAAUUGCCGGGAACCUGGGCAUGUAGCAAGCAACUGUCCGAAUGAGGGCAUCUGCCACGCAUGUGGCAGGUCUGGACAUCGUGCCAAAGAUUGCCCAAAUCCUGAGCCUUCACCUGGAGAUGUGAGGUUGUGCAACAAUUGCUAUAAGCCAGGGCAUUUUGCAGCUGACUGCACAAAUGAUAAAGCAUGUAAGAACUGCAGGAAAACUGGCCAUAUGGCACGUGAUUGUCAGAAUGAGCCUGUCUGCAACUUGUGCAACAUUUCUGGGCAUGUAGCAAGGCAAUGCACAAGGGGAAAUAGUUUUCCAGAUAGAGGAGGCUGGGGUCGUAAUAGCAGUUAUCGGGAUGUGAUAUGCCGUACAUGCAAUCAGGUGGGCCACAUGAGCAGGGAUUGUAUAGGUCCCAUGAUUAUCUGCCACAAUUGCGGGGGGAGGGGCCACAGGGCAAUCGAGUGCCCAUCAGGAAGAAUAGCCUUCCGAAGGUACUGAUACUCCAUAAAUCGAUCCGUGUUUGAUUUUGAGAGGCAAGGAGCAAAAACAUAUGACAGUGAUGAGUUGUAUGGUUUCUCACAUGCAAUCUACAUAAUUUGAACAACAGGAAGAUUGUUUCACUUUGUAGCAAAUUUUAUGAGAGGAUUUUUUCUAUUCUAUUUGAAUCUUCCUUUUCAGUCUGAAAACAGCAGAAUUGCUAUGCUAUAUUCCACAAUGCAUUCCUUAAUUUUUCUGCU